GGCACUAUUCUGCCUUUGCUGGGCAGCACUGCCGAUGGGACUUAUAACAUCUCGGUCGGCGGUGCUGACCAGAGCGACCCACUGCUUGACAUGCCGUGACCCAGUACUAGGUCAUGACCUGAAUUUUGAAAAACAUUGAUCUAGUUUAAAUCUGUUUCUAAACCAAUUUACUUAAAUUGUUGCAAACUCCAGUAUAGUUGCUCCAGUAUAGUUGACUUCAGUUAAAUUGAAAAGUCUGGUUUAAACCAAAAUAAGACUAUCCACACAGUCUUUUGCACAGAUCUAACGAAAUCCAUUUAAAAUAGCAUUUUAAAUUAAACUGGUGGCAAUUUCUCAUGUUGACACACCCUUAUUCACCUGACAUGAGUGGCUCUACCUGUGUGAGUAAGGACUGCUUGUGUAGGGAAUUGCAAGAUUGGGCCCUUUGUUUUCUUUACGUCUUUACAAAUGCCAUGUUUCCUUGUGACCAAAGAAUUGUCACAUCAGAUACAGCUCCAUUGAAACUAGCAACAUUUUAACGAAAACUAUAAAAUGCUCAGCAAGGAAAAAUGUGAAAAAGGGUAUUUCUAAGCUUAUGUUUCUCCAGAGACAAUAAUUCUGCAGUGGGUAGAGUUGUAUUAUUUCAGUCACUACAGCAGAAGUUUAAAGGAGGAAUAUUCUUAAGGUGUGCCUUUCUGUCCUAACAUUUUCUAUGUUUGUUGUUUUGUUUGUAGAGGUGAUCUUUGCAAAGCUAGUCUUGGGGGAUUUCCACUGUCUCGCUGUUUAAAACCUACCAUAGUGUUUUAACCACAAACCAUCUCACUUUCUGUUCAGGAACAGCCACAGUUUUCAGCAGCAUCCCCUGUGGAUCUUCAGGCCAGUAUCCAAUCAGGAAUUAUUCCUGUUAGAAGUAUUAGCUCCUGCAUACCAACUGUGGCUACUGUUGUGUGGCCACUAAGGGCUUAGGCCAGUGGCAGAACAGCUCAUGAGGACUGUGCAGUACAGCUUCCAUGGCCUCUGAAGAACUUACUGGUCUCUCAAACAUCUUCACACGCCAGAAUUCCACCAGCGGCAUUUCUCUAGACUUUGAACCCGACACUGACUACCACUUUGUUGAACCCUUAGAAGAACGAUACAAAUGUGCCUAUUGCCACUUAGUCCUUCACAAUCCUCACCAGACAGGAUGUGGUCACAGAUUUUGCCAGCAUUGUAUUAUUUCUCUGAGAGAAUUUAAUGCAGUACCCACCUGUCCUGUAGACAAAGAAACAAUAAAAGUGCAUGAGGUGUUCAAAGACAAUUGCUGUAAAAGAGAAGUUCUUAACUUGCAAGUAUUUUGCAAAAAUAUUCCUCAAUGCAAUUCAAAAAUAAUUCUGGGACGAUACCAGGAUCACCUUCAGCAAUGCUUAUUUGAAAGUGUUCAGUGCACUAAUGAUGAAUGUCAGGAUCAGAUUCUUCGGAAAGAUUUAAAAGAUCACCUAAGUCUGCACUGUAAAUUUCGAGAAGAAAUAUGCCAGUACUGUAAUCAAUAUGUGGUUUCAAUUCAUUUAAAGAACCAUGAGAAAAAUGAAUGUCCUGAUUUUCCUGUUCCUUGUCUCCACAACUGUUCUCAGAUCAUUCUGAAAAAGGAGAUGGAUAAGCACUUAGGUGUGUGUCCUGAGGCAGAAGUAGAUUGUCCCUAUAAACAAUACGGCUGUCCUGUAAAGAUUAAAAGAGGAAAGCUUGCAGAACAUGAGAACGCUGCUCUGAGGGAACACAUGCUACAAAUUUUAGACAAGAAUUCCAAAUUGGAAGAACAGAUAUCUGACCUAUAUAAGAGUUUGGAAUUUAAAGAGAUUAAAAUCCAGCAGCUAGCAGACACAGUUAAAAAGUGUGAAAAGGAAUUCAGACAGUUUGCACAGCUGCUUGGUAAAAACAGCAAUUUGAUGGUAAACAUGCAGACUCUUGCCAGUCAUAUUGAUAAAUCUACAUGGCUGGAAACACAAGUGCGGCAGCUAAUACAAAUGUCAAACGAGCAGCAAAGUAAAUUUGACCUGAGGCCACUGUUGGAGACUAUUGAAAAUGUAAAGCAGAAGAUUUCCUUUAUAGAGACAUAUGAUCAGCGUUUAGUUGUUUUGGAAGGCCAGUCCAACAAACAUGAUGUCCACAUCGGUCUUCACAAAGCACAGAUCAAUAAAAACGAAGAGCGGUUUAAGCUUUUGGAGGGCACAUGUUACAAUGGAAAACUAAUCUGGAAAAUCAUGGACUACAAGAUGAAGAAAAAGGAAGCCGUGGAAGGCCGCACUGUCUCUAUAUUCAGCCAGCCUUUUUAUACCAGCCGCUGUGGGUACAGAUUAUGUGCAAGAGCAUAUCUGAAUGGGGAUGGCUCAGGAAAAGGGACGCAUGUCUCCCUAUACUUCGUAGUGAUGAGAGGGGAGUUUGACUCGUUGCUACCGUGGCCUUUCAAGCAAAAAGUUACACUUAUGCUUCUGGACCAAAGUGGGAAAAAAAAUCACAUUGUGGAAGUCUUCAGAGCCGACCCUAACAGCAGCAGUUUCAAAAGGCCAGAUGGAGAGAUGAAUAUUGCCUCUGGGUGCCCGAGGUUUGUGGCACACACUGUGCUGGAAAAUGCAAAGAACACUUAUGUCAAAGAUGACACUUUGUUCUUGAAAGUUGUUGUGGAUUUAACUGACCUAGAGGAAUUAUGAAGUACCUGGAAGACAUGACUGUUUUAAUGAUAAAGAAAUGUUUUCUCUCAGUGACUGUUGGCCAAUUUCAUACAACAGUGAAUUGCCACUAGUCCAACUAUAUUUUUGACUGCAUAAUAGCUACUGAGUUGCCAAAGCACCAGCCUU